GGGUUCAGAGUGACGGAAAAGCCAGGUCGCCGCCAAUGAGAAAAUCGCGGCUCCGGCUCCUCCCAUAAUGCGACGGAACCUUUUUCCUCCAAGUUAGGCUCUCUUCUUCGCCUUCCCUUAAACUAUCCCUCCCCUUCCGGGGGGCCUCACCUCCCUUGUAAGGGGUUAAUUUUGCCCAAAGCUUUUCUAUCUUUAUUUUCACAAUGUUGGUUCUGUUCCAGUCCCCAGCGGGGAAGCCCCACCUUCUCGGGGACAGGCUCUAGCCGCCCUUAGCCCGGCUCAGGCGGGCUCCUCCCUCCAGUCCUGAAGGGAAGGCAGUCCCGCUUCCCCUGCUCCCUUCCAUCCUGCCAGGCUUUCCUUCUUCCUACCCUUCCUACACUCUAGGAUCCUACUCGAUCCCAUCCUCAAAGUCUAACCUCAUGGAACCCCACCUCUGGGUACCCCCUUUCCUAUUGUCCCAAUCCUCUCUCAGUCCAGCACUUCCCCUGGACCGUCCUUGCCAUAAGCUCCGCCCUACUCGAGAGGCAGCCACUGUUUGAGUCUCCGCUGUCCCACGCUUUCCUAGCCCCUCCCUUGGACAACCCCUGGUGAUCAAGCCAAUACCACCCUUCCUAGUGGCAACUAGCUGGGAAUGGCUGAAGGGGUACUACUCAGUGUUGGUGGCCUGCCAGGAGGAGGGGAAAAAAGAGGGGGCGUGGCUGAGGGGGGUGGGUCUGGGCCUGGAGAGUGAAAGCGAAAGCUGGGGCUGCUAUCCCAGACUCGAGAGCUGGCAACUGGGGAAGCAUGGCCAAGCCUUGUGGGGUUCGCUUGAGUGGAGAAGCCCGUAAACAGGUGGAUGUCUUCAGACAAAAUCUUUUCCAGGAGGCUGAUGACUUCCUCUGCAAUUUCUUGCCACAGAAAAUUAUAUCCCUGAGUCAGCUCUUGCAAGAGGAUUCCCUCAAUGUGGCUGACCUCUCCUCCCUCCGGGCUCCUCUGGACAUCCCUAUCCCAGACCCCCCGCCCAAGGAUGAUGAGAUGGAAACAGACAAGCAAGAGAAGAAAGAAGUUCCUAAAUGUGGCUUCCUCCCUGGGAAUGAGAAGCUUCUGGCCUUGCUUGCUUUGGUUAAGCCAGAAGUCUGGACUCUCAAAGAGAAGUGCAUUCUGGUGAUCUCGUGGAUCCAGCACCUGAUCCCCAAGAUUGAGGAUGGAAAUGAUUUUGGGGUGGCAAUUCAGGAGAAGGUGCUGGAGAGAGUGAAUGCUGUCAAGACCAAAGUAGAAGCUUUUCAGACAACCAUUUCCAAGUACUUCUCAGAACGUGGGGAUGCUGUAGCCAAGGCCUCCAAGGACACCCAUGUAAUGGAUUACCGGGCCUUGGUGCAUGAGCGAGAUGAAGCAGCCUAUGGGGCGCUUAGGGCCAUGGUGCUGGACCUGAGAGCCUUCUAUGCGGAGCUUUACCAUAUCAUCAGCAGCAACCUAGAGAAAAUAGUCAACCCAAAGGGUGAAGAAAAGCCAUCUAUGUACUGAGCUAAGGACUAGAAGGAAAAUAAACGAUUUAUACUUUAUGUA